UCCGGCAACCUGGCCACCGUAAAGUAACCUUGGCGGCAAUAGGAGGUGUCGGCGGCCUCCGGGAUGGCCGGGCCUCUGUGCCGAGCGACGGGAGGCCUGAGCUUGCUGAGUCGACUGGUUCGCCCCGGAGGCAAGCUAAGCCCGCGCCCUGGAGUGCGGCGGGCAAGUGAAGGUGUACACGUUGAUACUCAUUACCGCCAAUUUGUACCACCACCACUGUUCUCAGUAGUCCUUGGUGAAGCAACCCCUGGUCUUAUGUGGUUCUGGAUUUUGUGGCGCUUCUGGCAUGACUCAGAUGAAGUGCUGGGUCACUUUCCUUUCCCAGAUCCUUCUUUGUGGACAGAUGAAGAGCUAGGAAUUCCUCCAGAUGAUGAAUAAUAAACAUGUGAUUUCAAAGUGGCUCUUAAAAUAGGAUACUUUGCUUAGUAAGAAAGCAUUAAGAUCUACUGUUGCAAAAUAAGGAAUAUAACAUUAAAAUUGAACUACACCAGAAA